AUGGAAAGCAAUGUCACUACUAUUGAGACUGCUAAUAAUAAUACAACAACUAUCACAACCGAUACUCGUAUGGAUUUGAUCCUAACCAGAAGAGGUAUAGAAAAUAGCGCGAAUGGUCGGAAAAAUUAUAAAUCAAUAGGUACUGAAUUAAUUAGAGAUGAUGAUAGCAAGAAAUACUAUUAUAAUACGGAAGGAUAUGAUCAACUUCAAGAAAAACACGACGAACUGAAACGAAAGUUCUUCGAACUUAAUAAAGAACUGGAAGAUAAGAAAAAACAACCGAGAUUAUGUGAUGAUGAUGAUGGACUUGAUGGAAAGACUAUUAAGAUUUUGAAAGCACUUAGUAAAGUCAAGGAAAAAUUGAAUGAUAAGGCUUAUUAUGAUAGUAUUUACGUCCCUGCUUUUGAAUAUUUCAAGAAACCGGAUCAAAAAGAUUAUAAAAAUGACAAUUGUUGGUUUAUACCAAACCGUUGGUGUUUUCAUGAGGCUCUUAGAUGGGAAGGAGAAAGGGCGCAACUUAAUCCAUCUGUUAAAAACACAUUCGGAAGAAUUCGAUCAACAAGUUAA